AAAAGAAGAAGGCAGAGGCGGUGAAAUUCAAAACUUUAGACGUUAGCUGUCGGUUGCAAAUUCGCACAUUACCUAUAAUAAAAUGUCCCGUGAAAUGUUUUACCGACGUUAACAGUUUGUAACACAGACCCACCUGGUGUAGAGGGAAGAAGUUGGUUUACAUAUACGGAGAAGAUGGACCCUUUGGAUCUGGGAAAAAAUGUUGAAGGCAGCGGAUCUACCAAGCGUCGGAUUUCUUCAAUUUUAAAAGCACCACGGAAAUCCUCAGUGCUCCAGAACUUGGAGCAACAGAACAACGAGGUGGAAAGUGACAAACCGGUUGAAAAGAGGAAUUCAAGAAGAGUCAGCUUUGCUCCUGACAAUGAUGUUGUCCUGUUUGCCAAGGAACCCAAGAAUGUUUCCUCUGCAUAUAAUCCUCUUGAACUGCUACUGGGAUCAGCCGCUGGAACAACACAAAACAGGUUUCAGGUGCUGGCAACCGAAGACGAAAGCCCACAGAUUAUGGGUAUGGAGACCCUGUUGAAUGCUCCUCUACAUGCUUCUCAGCAAAGAAUAAUGGUCCCCCUUGACAGCGGGGUUGAGUUCGGAGAGAAAACGGUCCUGUUUUCUGCCGAGGAUGCGGUCAUGGACCUGACUCACAGCCACAGCAUAAACCUCAACAGUGGCGCGCUGCUGCUUGGAGACCUCUCCCAUGAAAACUUCGACCUUAUACACUCGGGGAGAGAGGGGAACGAUAUUGAGGUAUUCAGAGAUGUGGCUUCCAGUCAUUCUGUACAAGCAACAAAUCCAAGUACGGAAAAGAGACCCCCUGCCCAUACAAGGUCUCAUUUGGAUCCUGAUUUUAAAAGCUUCCUCUUAAGUCUCUCCCAACCAAGCGCCGUUCUUACCGGGAUGACGGCGUUGGCCGGUCCAUCCUCCGAUGAAGCGAAAUCAUCCUCGGGUAAAAGUGAAACGCGAACCUCAGAUGUGGACAAAGAAAAUCAGGUGCCAAACUCUCUGAGCAGCAGUCGGAAGAGCGGAGAAGCCUUUCGUGGAAGUGCUUUCCAUCCAGAGGGUAAUCUGAGCAUGGACCUCACAGGAGUGCAGACCGGUCAUAUCCUGGGGGCCGCCGCAGACGACGAUCCCUUUCAGUGUCUCUUUCCAACUCAAGACAUGUUCGAAAUGUCUAAUAGAAGAGAGUCAGACAACCUCAAAGCAAAUAAAUCUUUGGUAAAUCCUUCAGUAGCUACUCCUCAUGAAAGCCAAAAGGUUUCUUCAGUUUUAAAAAAAGACAGCAGAGAGACAACAGUUGGAAAGGGCGAUGAUCUGCGAUUUACUGAGUUUCCUGUGAGUUUUCCCAAAACGAGCAUCGGAAAUCCUGAGAAUCCCAGAAUCCAGCCUCCAUCCUCGACGCAAACGGUCGGCGCUGGCGGCUCCCUGUCGCAGCAUGAACUGUGGAGGAACGAUAUCGAUCAAGAGAACUGCCCAGCGAGAACAAGGAGAAGUUGGAGAGAACCGCUGUCUGUUAUCAGUCCUGAAGGGGACAUAAGCAUGGAGAUGACAGCAGCUCAAACGGGCCACAUUAUGGGAGGCGAUGUGAGCAUGGAGAUGACUGAUUUUCAAACGGGGCGCAUCACUGAAAUUCUGCCUCUCUGUGAAAGUCAGAAGAAAGAGGCCUUCACUUUAGAGCAGCAGAACAUUGACCGGCCACAAUCAUCUCAUGAAGGUAUGGAAACCUCCAAAACGAGUGUCGGAAAUCCUGAGAAUCCCAGAAUCCAGCCUCCAUCCUCGACGCAAACGGUCGGCGCUGGCGGCUCCCUGUCGCAGCAUGAACUGUGGAGGAACGAUAUCGAUCAAGAGAACUGCCCAGCGAGAACAAGGAGAAGUUGGAGAGAACCGCUGUCUGUUAUCAGUCCUGAAGGGGACAUAAGCAUGGAGAUGACAGCAGCUCAAACGGGCCACAUUAUGGGAGGCGAUGUGAGCAUGGAGAUGACUGAUUUUCAAACGGGGCGCAUCACUGAAAUUCUGCCUCUCUGUGAAAGUCACAAGAAAGAGGCCUUCACUUUAGAGCAGCAGAACAUUGACCGGCCACAAUCAUCUCAUACAGGUAUGGAAACCUCCAAAACGAACGGUGUAAAUCCUGAGAAUCCCAGAAUCCAGCCUCCAUCCUCGACACAAACGGUCGGCGAUGGCGGCUCCCUGUCGCAGCAUGAACUGUGGAGGAACGAUAUCGAUCAAGAGAACUGCCCAGCGAGAACAAGGAGAAGUUGGAGAGAACCGCUGUCUGUUAUCAGUCCUGAAGGGGACAUAAGCAUGGAGAUGACAGCAGCUCAAACGGGCCACAUUAUGGGAGGCGAUGUGAGCAUGGAGAUGACUGAUUUUCAAACGGGGCGCAUCACUGAAAUUCUGCCUCUCUGUGAAAGUCAGAAGAAAGAGGCCUUCACUUUAGAGCAGCAGAACAUUGGCCGGCCACAAUCAUCUCAUACAGGUAUGGAAACGUCCAAAACGAGCGGCGGAAAUCCUGAAAAUCCCAGAUUCCAGCCUCCAUCCUCGACGCAAACGGUCGGCGCUGGCGGCUCCCUGUCGCAGCAUGAACUGUGGAGGAACGAUAUCGAUCAAGAGAACUGCCCAGCGAGAACAAGGAGAAGUUGGAGAGAACCGCUGUCUGUUAUCAGUCCUGAAGGGGACAUAAGCAUGGAGAUGACAGCAGCUCAAACGGGCCACAUUAUGGGAGGCGAUGUGAGCAUGGAGAUGACUGAUUUUCAAACGGGGCGCAUCACUGAAAUUCUGCCUCUCUGUGAAAGUCAGAAGAAAGAGGCCUUCACGUUAGAGCAGCAGAACAUUGACCGGCCACAAUCAUCUCAUGCAGGUAUGGAAACCUCAUCAAAGCUGUCUUUGAACAUAAGGCAUCAGGACAAAGUUGUACCUGCAGAUGGCUCCAGAGAAAAGACUUCAGCCUGUUUGGACGUGACAAAGAGUCGUGGUGUCUACAUCACCGCUAACGUCAAACCGGACUCCCACCCAAACGUGAACGUGUCACCCACGUGUGGGGAGAAAACUGUGAGGUUCACUGCAGACGACGCCGCAAUGGAUAUCACUGAGUGCGUCAACAUGAGUAUGGCCACUGGUCUAGGAUCAGAUUGCAUCACUUCCGUCACAGAAAAAGAUCAACAUGGCCUCUUGACACGUCUCUCAUCGAGAAACGACUGCAACGCUGGUCCUGUGUGUGCAAGAAUGACCGCCGUUACUGCAGAGCCGCCUGCUGGAUUUUCAAUUUACCAGGAAGAUGACAUGGAUAUUACUCAAGCUCAGACGGGCUGCGUUUUGGGAGCGGAAGCGAGCGUGAAUGUGACCGGAGUUCAGACUGGCCGAAUGGAAGAAGCGCCACAUAAACAGGAGCCUCCUCAGGCGGUUUUACUCUCCGGAGGAUCAAAUUCUGCAGAUUCUUUAAUGACGACAGUCCAAAGAAAUCAGGUGGAGUUUGACUCUAAAUAUGACUGCAGAGACGGAGCAGUGAGAUUUCCUGCUUCUGGGGGCUGCAUGGAUGCUACUCAGUAUGACACAGUGGACAUGACCUGUGAUUUAUCACUUCGAUCACUGCCAAAUGUGGUUUUCUCUUCAAACGGAGAGAAAACCGUAAGAUUCAGUGCAAACGACGCCGACAUAGAUGUGACCAAAAGCCACACCGUCCGCAUUGUAAAGGGUUUACCUCUGAAAUGUUCCUCAAAUGCUGUUCCACCUGCCGAUGGUGAGAAAAAUUUGGGAUUCGACGCAUUGGAUGUGACCGCAAGCCAAGGAGUAAAUUUUGUAAAAAGUUUACCUCUGAAAUGUUCCUCAAAUGCUUUCUUACCUGCUGGUGGGGAGAAAACCGUGAGGUUCCAUGCAACCGAUGCAGAAAUGGAUAUGACCAAAAGCCACACAGUAGCUCUGCAAUCUUUCCCAAAUGGAGAGAAACUGGUGCUGUCCAGUGCAAAGGAUGAUGUGACGACACAUCGCACCGUUGAGAUUUCCACUGAUUUGCAAUCGCGCCAAAACGAGAACAUGGAGCGUAAUUCCAGUCUGCUUGCAUGUCAAAAGGGGGACUUAUUACCUGCUGAUGAGGAGAGGACUGUAUGGUCUGACGGUAACGAGGUAGAAAUGGAUGUGACCAGAUGCCGCACGAUGAUUCUUGAAAAUUCAACUGUGGUGCCAGACCAGCUUUUCAACGAGCCACCGUCUGAAGAGGAGAAUCAGGCAUGGCUUCCAACAAAUGGUGCUACUCUGGACGUGACCCGAAGCUCCACUCUAAGAAGAGUCACUGGUUUCGACCAAAAACCGGACCAGAUUAUCGACUCGCUGUCCGCUAACCCAGAGAGGAUGAACUACACCCUUGUGGAUGAGACAGAAAGUGAGACCAAAAGCAUCCUGAAGAAUGCUAAACGAGCAUCUCAAUCCAAUGAGUUUUUGCUCGCGCCUGCCGACAAAGCAGCUAAACUCACAACAAAUGACGCGACUGUGGACACGACCCACUGCCGUAGUGUAAAUACCGUCGAUAAUCAACUAGUAGAUCCUGUUCUGUCGGACCAAAACACGAGCGUUGCCCUUCCUAUGAAAGACUCAGCCAGUGGGAAAUUGGGACUGGAUUCAAAUCAAUCUUCAUCGGCACAGUCGGAGCAUUCCACUUCAAACGACUUCCUGUUUCAGCCGAGCGGUGCCGAGGUCAAUCCUCAAAGAGAUGUCGAUGCUAAAAGGGAAUCUCCAAGCUGGGUUUCAGAUGAUGUGGUCAAGACGAUGAAUAAAACCCACACCGAGGAAACCAAUGCAAGUAUGGACAUGAGUGAGGAACGUUUGGGAUCAAGCAAGCAAGACCCUCUUUCAAAAGGUUUCAAGGAACCCGGUUUGACUUUACAGAGCCGCGGAGCACUCGGGUCACACGUGUCUGUACCAGAGAACAAAGAGAAUCAGCCUGAAGAAGAAGAAGAAACACAUGCUGUAUCACAGAAGAUGGAAAGCUCGCCCAGUACUGCUGAUCAAAACGCCGACGGGCCGUCGAGACGCAGGAGUUUGGCCAAUCUCACGUCGAGGGUUAAGCGUCUGAGCCAGCUGAUAAAGGCGGCUCCUGCCACGGACGACUGCACAGCUCCUUUGCCUCGUCCGGACUCCGAUUUGGACAAAAGCCCAGAACGUAAAACCCCAUCGGCAGCAGAGCCAGAGCUCGAAAUGAGUCCAGGAAAUAAUACCAACGACGGAGAUGCUCAAAAUCUUACAGAAGCAGGACACCCCUCUGUCGCGACCAGCUCGAAGACUAAACGGCUGAUGUCGAGACUUACCAUAGGAGGUUUCAAACCCAAACUCCCGAAAAGAAACGACGCGGACGAGUCGGCGAAGGCGUCCUUUGAAGGAGACCCCGCCAAAACGCCCGCGGUCGACGUCACCCAGCGGCUGAGCCGAUUUGACCAAACCGGUAACAUUCAAGACGAAGAGCUGGUCGACUUCGAAGAUCUUUCAGAAUCUGUAAAUGUCACCGUUGAAAAGGAGGGUCCUUCCGAUGAGUUCGACGUGUCUGAGCCGUUAGAGGACGGCGUUUUUGUUGAAGAUGUCACGAUCGGCCGCAGCCAGAGUCAAAAGAGGCCGGCGGGGGGAAACGAUUGGGAGGAAAGGAAGAGACUGAAGACGGACGCAGAGUUUUUUGGAACGACCUUGCAGCCUGAUGUUGACGGUGAAAGCAGCGUGGCUACAGACGGCUCGCAGCCCGUCGACUCCUCUCACAGAAGUGAAACGGCCAGCAGAUGUCACACUGCGUCCGAGUCGACUUGUAAAAACAGCCUGUUUGAAUCCCAGCUGGAAGACUGCGUCAGUGAUGGACUAAAAAAACUCGAAGAUGGCACAAUUACAGUUUUGGAGUUCUUCAAUCUCUUCAGCAUUGAUUUUGUCAUCAAUAAUCCUCGGCAGAGUGUCGUUUCUGGCAGACUUUUGGCCAACGAGGAUGUGACGCCACUGGAUUUGCUGAAAGAUAAAUAUAUAAGCCGUCCUAAACAGCAGGUCUACGAGACAGACGCCAAGACCCUCACGGGAAAAAUAGAAGGGCUGAAGCAUCGGAAGCAGGAUUUAAACAAACCCCUAAAGACUCUAAAUAGGCCUUUGUGGGAAGAAGUGAAGAACUUCACAGAGGAAGAGCUGAAGUCCUUUGGCGCUAAGCUAAAGGAGCAAAACAACUUCUUCAGGAAACAAAGCAGAGUCCAGACUCAUGAAAUGAAGGAGGUUCUCUAUUCAAGUCUUGUUCCCGCUAAUCUGGAGGAAAAGCAGAAGGUGUUGGAAAAAAUAAAUCAGGCAGAUGAGAUGAUCCAAACGCUGGACAGCUGUAUCGCUGAAGUAGAAGCAGAACUUAACGCAAUUGAGGAAAAGGGCUCUGAAGACAAGCCAGGUCUAAGAUCACUGCAGAAAGGUAAUUUGGGACGUGAAUCAUGA